AUGGAAAAUGUUGAAUCUCCACUUCCUGUUGGCAAUCUACAGUUGUACGUCGGAAGACAAAUCGAAGAAGCUAAAGAAUAUGAUGGGGCUAGGAGGCGGCCUUGUUGUUUCCGCCGAUUGUAUGAUAGAUUUAUCUCGAAGGAGGAAAUAGGGAAGACGGCCCCCUUUCAAAAGACCAACGACCUUACUAAGCUUGCUACUGAGCAUAAUCUUUCGACACAGGGAAUCCACAAUGCGAUCCAAGAACGAGAGCAAGCAAGAAACCAGAGACAAACUUCCUCGUUACCGCUUGAAGAUGUCACUCGCGAGAACAACGAAUUGAACAUCAAGUACGAGAAGCUACAGCAUGAUAUCAGCAUCUGCUUCCGCCAGAAAAAACCAUGCGAAGUGGCUGUUAAGAAUGCUUUCAAAGAUUUAGACAGCAGGAACAACUUGCUUAAAACACGCAAUGACGAGCUACGAAAGCUUGGGCGCAAAUACAAGACAGUGGUUAUGGACAAGGAACUUCGGGAUGAAAAGUUUCAAGAACUGUCCGAAAACUUCGAAACACAAGAGAGGGAGAAUCUCACCCUACGCGACGAACUCACAAAACUUCAAAGCCAAACCACCCAACGGGACUCUGCUUUUGCAAUCUUAAGACAGGAGCUUGAAAUGUCUCAGAAGGAGACCAAAUAUUAUCAACAACAAUCGAGGACGUUCCGAAGAAUCAUUCAAAGUACGAAUAUUCCAAUGGAAAUAAACGAAUUAGACGUAGGCCUGGAUUUCAAGUGGCUGCGUGACGAAAUCCAUCACAUCAUCUGUAGCUAUUAUAGCAUGGAAAAAGGCUAUCCAGUACCUGGAAAUUCGACCUCGCAAAAUGCCGAAACCCAUCUUUACAAUCUUUUCAAUCUUGUUCCAGAUCAAUUUGAACGAGAGAUUGGGGUGAGGGCAUUCAUGUUUGGUCAACUGGAUGAGUUCCUAUUGUUUAAAGAACUUUUUGGAAUUGAAGAUCUGGACGAGAGUUUGGGUAUUGAACAGGGGCUGCGCAAUUUUGAGGUUAUGUUCAAGCAAAAUCACCCAGAUCGGCACGGCGAGCUUGCCGCAUGGAGGACCGCUACGGUGGAAUGUGCUAGAUUCCUCAGACCAGCCAGCCCGAGUCACCCACCAGACCUCUGCAAACACGUCGCUGGAGAAUUAAUGCGGCUAUUGAACCCUCUAGGUACAUAUCCUCAAGAGAAAACAGAUCAGCUCAUGGCUCGCUGGCAAGAACUUUGUAUGAUGGCUUUGAAGCUUACCAUGAAGCUGAGAAACUACAAAGAUGUGUACCGCUGCGAGAUGCCUGCACUGGGAGACAUUGUGAAAGAUGAUGACAUGGAUAUAGAAUAUAGAGUGCAUACGGAAAACUGCAAGAAGUAUGCCGAGUUAAACAGCUGGCCUAUUGCGUAUGUUCUUUCGGGUGAAUGGGUGAGGUACUCUGCAGAGGAGCCGGAGAAAAAAGUGAGUUUGGUGAAGCCAUGGGGAGUGGUAUAUGCUCAUCCAGGCGAGAGUGAAUGA